CUCUCUCUUAAAGGGUUAUAAACCAGGGAUUCCCUCGGUGUUUACGUGAGCUACCAGCAGCAGCUGAAAGAUCCCGUCAGAUGCCACCUAGCUAGGGGACACAGCCUGCAUCCGAUAAGAGAGCGGAGGGAGGCAGGGAGGCAGGGAGGGAGGGGGUGUGUAGAAAAAGAAGACGGAGGAGAAAAGAGACACAGAGAGGGACACGCUCAGCGCUCAGGAGAAUAAGGACAGGCUCGUCGCUCGUCCACGCGUCAAUGUCGAUAUAACACACAGGGCGACCGAAGGAAGGGCUGAGGAGAGAAGCGGCCAAUAAUAAUACCUGUUACCUGUGUGUGUUCGCUAGAGGAAAACAAGUUAUAUACUUACUUACCAGCGACACUGAACGCCCCCAGAAAGAUAAAUAACUAAAUACAUAAAUAAAUAAACUGUCCAGGGAGAGCGCCAGAGCGGACCCCGGUGUCGAAGGAGCCCGCGAAGCGCAACGAAGCCCACGGAAGCCGCGCGCGGACCCGCGUCAAGCGCAGCGCAGCAGCCAGCAGCCAGCGCGAGAGGAGCAGCGGGAUGCGCGCGCCGCCGUGUCUGCUCGUCCUGCUGUGCGUCCUGUGCGCGGGACGCGCGCAGAAGUUCUCCGCGCUCACGUUUCUACGCGUGGACCAGGAUAGGGAGUGCAACAUGGAUUGCACUGGUGCAGCUCGGAAGCCCCUCUGUGCUUCAGAUGGACGCACGUUUAUGUCCCGCUGCGAGUUCCUCCGUGCCAAGUGCCGCGACCCCCAGCUGGAGGUCAUCCGGGGACCAUGCAAAGAUACAUCCAGGUGCGUAGCAGAGAAGAAGUAUACGGAGCAACAGGCUAAGAAGCUCUUCCCCCAAGUGUUUGUGCCGGUCUGCAACCCAGAUGGCACAUACAAUGAGGUACAGUGCCACAGCUACACGGGAUACUGCUGGUGCGUCACACCCAGUGGUCGUCCCAUUAGCGGAUCAGCAGUAGCCAAUAAGAAGCCACGGUGCCAAGGGUCAAAACAAGAAAAGGUGAACACAAAGGAACGGGAAAGAGCAGUUUCCUUGCAAAUCUUUUCCAUUCUCAACGCAGAUGAAUCUACAGGGAUAGCGAUGGAGUCACCACCCCCAACUGAUGAGGAAGACAUAAUCUCUCAGUACCCCACUCUCUGGACUGAACAGGUCCGCAGUCGUCAGAACAACAGGACCCGAACGCAAGCUGCGUCCUGCGACCAGGAGCAGCAGUCGGCACAGGAGGAAGCCCGGCAGCACAAGAAUGAGGCGGUGUUCAUCCCUGAUUGUGCUAGCGGAGGCCUCUACAAGGCUGUGCAGUGCCACCCUUCCACUGGCUACUGCUGGUGUGUGUUAGUGGAUACGGGGCGUCCCAUCCCCGGCACCUCCACCCGAUACGAGCAGCCUAAAUGUGACGGGAAUGCAAGGGCACAUCCAACCAAACCAAAGGACCAUUACAGAAGCAGGCACCUUCAAGGAUGUCCUGGACCAAAGAAAACAGAGUUCCUCACAAGCGUUCUGGAUGCCCUGUCAACUGACAUGGUGCAUGCUGUUACCGAUCCUGCAUCUGCAGCCAGGAUGCUGGAGCCCGAUCCCAGCCACACCCUGGAAGAGAGGGUUGUGCACUGGUACUUCAACCAGCUCGACAAGAAUUCCAGCGGAGACAUUGGCAAGAAAGAGAUCAAGCCUUUCAAACGCUUCCUGCGCAAGAAGUCCAAGCCAAAGAAGUGUGUGAAGAAGUUUGUGGAGUACUGUGACAUCAACAAUGACAAGGCCCUGUCUCUCCAGGAGCUGAUGGGUUGUUUGGGUGUCACAAAGGAGGAAGGGACAAAAACAAGUGAAGGUACAACUUCUAAUAAGCAGAACCCAACAAAGAAGCAAGGCUAAGGGGGUCUGCUUGCUGGAAAUAGAGAAGCCACCCUGCCACCACUCCAGUCCCACUCCCAACCAGAGGGUCCAAACAGCCAACAAAACCAUAGUAUUUGCACUUUGUACUUUAUGUAAUGUAAAUUCACUUUGUAGAAAUGAGGUAUUUAAACAGACUGCUGAAUCUGUGAAUGACGUAGUUAGCUUUUAUGUCUUUAAAGAAAUAAUUUAACACAUACAAUGUAUGUGUCCUUUGUGUCUAAAGGUAAACAUUUCUGAGUUGUAAAAGUUUUCAUGUAUUUGUGCUGUAUUUCACUUUACAGCUCUUGUCGUUUAUUGUUGCUAUUUCAUAGCUGACAUAUGAAUAGUUUAAAUGGCUGAAGCAAUACGUUAGA